GGAUUAAAAGCACACACAGGCCCCUACUUAAACGCUUGAAAAACACAGAAGCAGGAGCUAGAGAAAAGUAUCAUUGGUAAAGAGCAUUGGCUGCUCUUGUAGAGGACUGGGUUCAAUUCUCAGCAUCCACAUAACUCACAAACAUCCAUAUUUAGUUACAAGAGAUCAGAUGCCCAUAUUUCACCUCUGCUGGCAUCAGGCAAGUAUGUGGUACUCAUAGGCAAAACGUUUACCCACACACAUAAAGAUAUAUAAGUCUGCCAGGUAGUGGCGGCACACACCUUUAAUCCCAGCACUCAGGAGGCAGAGGCAGGCGGAUCUCAGUGAGUCUGAGGCCAGCCUGGUGGUCUCAAACAUACAGAGCGAGCUUCAGGACAGCCAGAGCUACACAGGAAGUCUCAACACCUCCCCCGCCCUCCCAUCCUGGUUUUAUGUAUAGCUAAUAUAUUUCUAAAGUAUAUAAAAAAAAUUCAAGCAAAAAUAAUAAGCGUUUCACCGCUUCGCCUCUACGGUCUGCCUGCAACCAACAGAAGCAAACUGCUCUAGGUCCCGCAACUUUCAGGUCUAAGCACGCGCAACAGAGCCGGGCGAAGAAUUGACGCAUGCGUACUGAGCCGGACGCGGACUGGCCCCUCGUGAUACGCCCUCCCCACAAUGAUUGGUCACCGCACGUGAGUGACAGGAGAAAUUGCGCAUAGCUCUCCACAAAAUGGCCGCUCAUUCCGACGCGAAGACGGACGUAGGACCCAGCCAAUGAGAUCUAGGCGCUCCGGGAAGGAGGCGGGGCCACAGGAGAGAAAUUUGCGCGGGCUCGGGCUCGGCGCUGUCCGUCAUGGCGGCUUUCCGCGACAUCGAGGAGGUGAGCUACGGGCUGCUGAGCCUGCUGGGGGCCAACCGCGCCGAGGCGCAGCUGCGGCGGCUGCUCGAGCGCCACGAGCAGAUGGUGGAGCGGCUGCUGGAGACGCAGGACGACGCCGACCAGCGGCUUCGGGAGGUCCUGGCUGUGGAGGAGGAAGUGGCUCAAAGCCUUCUUGAAUUGAAGGAAUCCACGUGCCAGGAAGGCACCAAACUACAGCAGCUGGACGUCGAGCUCCAGAAUGCCAGCAAGGAGGAUGCCUGUCUGCAGGCCAGACUCAGUCAGCUUGCCACAGAGCUGCAGGAACUCAGAGAGAUGGAGGCGGAUCUUCAGGAACAGGAGACAAAAGUGGAUGAGGACACCACCGUCACCAUCCCCUCUGCAGUGUAUGUGGCUCAGCUGUAUCGCUGCAUCAGUAAAAUAGAAUGGGAUUACGAGUGUGAGCCGGGGACCAUCAAGGGCAUCCACCACGGCCCCACUGUGGCCCUGCCCAUCCACCUGGACAGCACUCAGCUCUCACAGAAGUCUAUCAGUGACUACCUCUGGAGUCUGGUGGACACUGCCUGGGAGCCAGAGCCUGACCUCACGCCUUGAUAGAAUCGAGACUGAGGGGACCCAUGGGGCAUCAUUCAAAAUUAAAAGUCUAUGUGCAAAUGUCUGUGGUGAUAUUUUAUUUGUGCUUUUGCAAAUAAAAUUUGCCUGAAGA